UUUCAUGUCAUCGAAACGUGAGUGUAGUGUUUUCCAGCCCUUUUCCCUUCCCUCCUCUAUUUUUCACCUCAUCCAAACACAAACACAGCGUUACAGUGAUAGUCCCCAUCCGACAAACCUUAACACAAUUUCCACAAAAUUGGAUAACUCCUCUCUGCCACAGCAGGAUUUUUCCUUACAACAAAUUCAAGUGACCGAUUUCUAACGCACUCGUCGCGCCGUUCCAGAUCAUUCGGCAGUCGCUACUUAUUCUUCACGAAGGGGUGAUUAAGUCAGAUAUUGAAUUUUGGGAAUGGACAAGGUUGUGGAGGAGGUGGAAAAGGUGAAGAGGGAAUGGGAUGAGGCUUGCGGCAAAACACAACUCCACAUCAAGGCAAUUGCAGACUACGGAAAAUCAGGAAGACCCAAGGAUGAGAUCAACUCGCUUGCCAGGUUGAAUGGGAUGGCUCAAGAUGGCUUGGCGCUCCUUUCUUCCUUGCAUUUCACCCUAGAUCUCCUCGCUCCACAAUUGCCCACCGAAAAGGAGGUUGAAUCUGCUCGUGUCCUGCUCGAAUCCUGGAAAACCCUGACUCAACAUUUGCGGCUAAGUCUGAGGAAUGCUAAUCUGCAAGCCAAGGCUAACUUAAGGAAAGCUGCUCAGGAAGAGAGAGAGCUACUUCUAGGUGGUGGAGAAGAGUCUACAGUUCGCAGACGCAAUUUGCAGACAAAAGCGGGAAUGACAUCUGCUGCAGAGAGCAUCACAGAUAGCCUUCGUCGUACUCGUCAAUUGAUGGUUCAGGAAGUCGAAAGAAACACAAGCACACUUAUGACUCUUGAUGAAUCAACUGGGGUGUUAAAAAAGGCUGAAAGUGAAUAUAAAGGGCACCGCUCAUUGUUGAUGAGAACACGAAAUCUGCUCUCUACAAUGCAACGUCAAGAUGUCAUAGACAGGGUGAUAAUCGGGCUUGGCUUCUUAUUGUUCUCCCUUGCGGUUCUUUAUGUUGUUUCAAAGCGGAUCGGACUACUUACGUUGCAGAGAAAGGUUACUGAGGCCAUAAAGGCUGGUGUGGUGGGGCAGGCAGAUCUAAGACCCCAAGCUGUUGCAGAUGAUAUGAAUCUUCAUCAAGUCAGAGAUGAUCAUGUUCACAAUACAGAGGCUCCUUUAGAACAAAGAAUUCAUGAUGAACUUUGAUGCAUUUCUAAGGAAUAGUAUCAUCUUUUAUCUUACAACACAAUUUUAGCAUCCUAGAUUGCUUAAGAAUGAGAAAGUUAAAGUACAUACUAUCUUGAGAGUUCAACGUAACAGACAUUUGAUACCUUAUAUUUAGAGUAAUUAGGAGGUCUAUUGAAUUGAUUGAUUAGGAUGCUAUAGAAAAUUUCUGUGUAGUAAUUUUAUUUGAGCUGCCUUUCAGCAUGUGCAGAAGAGGUUUCAUACAUCUUGACAGAGUGCAAAUGUUUGGAGAAGUUUUUAGCAAGAACAUCUUGUCUCUUGCUUGCUUUUUCGAUGUUGGACAUGUUUGUUUCUGACAGACCAGCUAUCUUUAAGAUCUGAAUUAUGAACUUUUAUGAGUCAUUAUAUA